CAAGUGAAACUGAUAUAACUCUCUCUCUCUCUCUCUCUCUCUCUCAUGGCCUUCCUCGUUCUCCUUCUUCCUCUUUCUUCCUUACCCACUCCCCCCCUCCCAUCCCUCUCCUCGCCGGCUCAGCUAUGGUGGGCGGUGUGCCGACAUGCGUGUGCGCCCCUCCUCUCUCAUCAUAAUGUGCGCACAACAGCGGCUGUGAGGUGGAUUUGAACUUCCAGUCAGUGCUGAGGCAGAGAGGUGGAGGCUUCCAGGCUGCUGCAGCUACGACCGCCAGCACUCCACCCUGUCUUUGGAGCAAGUUUCAAGUUGAUAAAGCUGACUCCAGAGUGGACUCCAGAGAAGUUUGGACUGUUUGACUGUUGACUCUACGAGCUCCUCCUACGAUGACUUCUCUCACUUUUCUGCUGUGCCUCGUGUCUGGGCUCUGCUCAGCGUUUCCAAACCCAGCACCACCAAACCUGGUGGAGAAAAGCUCUCAUGCAGUGGGCUCCUUGGCGGGCUCGGUGGUCCUGCCAUGUCACUUCUCCAAGUUGAUGUUCUCCACAUCCACACCUCACACCUGGACUGAUGAUGAGCAGCUGAGGAUCAAGUGGACGAAGCUGGAGGCAGAGGGAGAGAAGGUGGUGCUGGUGUCCCAGGCUGGAGUAGUCAAGAUUGGAUCAGCGUUUUUGAACAGGGUCGUAGUGAAGAAACGUCCGCUCUCAGACGGAGAUGCCAGUCUGACGAUGUUGGGACUCAGAGCCAGUGAUGCAGGACUGUACCGCUGUGAGGUGAUGCUCGGGAUGGAGGACGCUCAAGACACAGUCCGCCUCAACGUCACUGGUGUUGUGUUUCACUACAGAUCCAACGUCAGCCGCUACUCCAUGGAUUUUCUUGAAGCUGUAGCGGCGUGUCAACAAGCAGGUGCCAAUAUAGCUACGCCUGAACAGCUGACGGCUGCGUUCGAGGACGGCCUGGACCAGUGUGAUGCUGGCUGGCUGUUAGACCAGACUGUUAGAUAUCCGAUCACCAGGCCACGUCCAGGCUGCGCCGGAGAUCUGCUGAGUCGGCCGGGCGUAAGAACGUACGGCACACGACCGCUCACAGAAAAAUAUGACGUCUACUGCUUCGUAGACAAACUACAUGGUGAGGUCUUUUACCCUCCGUCCAUCGGUGAAAAGCUGACUCUGCAGCAGGCCAGAGAAGAGUGUGAAAAGCACGACUCUGUUCUGGCGUCGCCCGGUCAUCUGUUCGCAGCGUGGAGAGCAGGUUUGAACCGAUGUGACUACGGUUGGCUCUCUGACGGCAGCGUCCGCUACCCCAUCACCGUCCCCAAGCCUCAGUGUGGAGGAGGUCUGCUGGGCGUACGCACCCUGUACAAGUACGAAAACCUGACGGGCUUCCCUGAACCUAGUGAAAGGCACGGAGCGUUCUGCUUCAAAGCGCGGCUACCUGAGCCCACUACCCCGGGUCCAGCGACGACUUCAGUUACUCACACCUCACCUGAAGAACCCACACAAGACUCCCACAGCACCACUCACCCCCCCCUCCCAGAUCCUGAAAGAGCUGAAAUCCAAAUCAGUGGAGCAGAGCCAGCUGCCUUCUCAACAGAAAGGCCGCACACGGCCUCAGCGGACGAGCACGGGGACUUACACACCUCGCACCCUCACACCCCAACCACUGUCUCCCCCGCUCCCACCUUAGAUGACUAUGAUUAUAUUCAACAGUUCAGCAAGGACAAGGUUCUGGCUGUGCCGGUGAGAGAGGAGAUUUUGGAACCCAUGUCACUUCCACCUUUGCCAACACCCCCACUUGUGAGAGAUGUCCUUGAUGUCAGCAAUGAGGAGGACAACGAGGGACAGAUCAAAGACAGUGGGCAGGAAAGCAGUGUUGACACCAGCUCUGAUGUGACCCAGGUGGGAGUGGUGCAGACGCCCACAGGGAUGUGGACAGGAACAGAGUCAGGGCCCCUGCAGACCACCGUGUCACCGGGGUUGGAUGUAGAGCCCACACAAUCAUCGUCCCAGCCUCCAGAGAUCACCCCUCAACAGGCUGACCCAGAAGUCACCAGCACACAGCCAAGUGUCCCAGAUGGUAGUGAAGUCGUCCCGCAGCAGCAUCCUGCUGUGGUGUUUAAGGAGGUCUUAUCUGAAGGGGUCCACAUAUUUGACCUGGAACGUGGACAGGUCAAUGUUCCAGUAGUUGAGGAGCCAUCGGCCAAACCACCGUUCCAUCUCAUCAUUGUUAAUGUGCAGAGUCAGAAUCAGUCAGUUGAUCACAUAUUGGAAAUUUUGAACCAGCCCAUUUCUGGGCUCAGUGGCCCCCAGGUCCCGGGGAUUUCUGACCUUACACAUAUAACCAGUGAGGCUAUCCAGUUCAGUGGAGACACAGACUCCCUUCAGCCGGCACCCAUUGAUCUGCCUCAAAAUAUCAGCUUUUUCAAUGGAAAAUAUGAGGUGACCUUUGAACCCAAGCAGCCUGAAGAGGCCAGAGGUGACCAGUUCGAGACAUCUUCACCUGUACAGGUAGAGGUCGUGGAUGUGGAGGAGAAGAACGUCACUUUUGACUACGGCAUCAUAGAACUCCAGUCAGAGGAGACGCCGUUAGAAGAAACAGUUGCUGUCACUCAACCUGCUGUUCCGUUCCUAAAUGUAGUUACAGACUCCAUGGAUGACAGGGAGAAACUUGAGAGUGUCAGAACUCCUGACCCAGUCGAUAAAACCGUCUUGACCACAGACACCCACCGUGCCUCAUUUGUUUCAUCUACAACGCCCUCAGAACCCAUUUCCUCCAGGACCACACCAACAGUCACCAGUGCAGCCUCUGUCCACUCAGGUCCAGUAGGUUCUGCCAGCUGUGGAGAAGAUGGCUCAGCAUGUGAUGCUCCACCCACACCAGCUGGAGAUAGCCAGUCGGCCAUGAAGACCGAUGAAGCAGAAAUUGGUGGGACUGAACUGCCGACUCACACCGUCACAGCGUCAAUAGAGACCACUGUAAAAACACAGACUGCUGACUUUGAAGGCUCUGCCUCUGGAGAGGAUGAAACCUCUGGGCAAGACCCCUACGAGAUCACCGUGGUUACCAGCACGGUGCCACCAAAGUUGUCCAUCCUUUACACCCAGCAGUCUAAAACGGACUCAGGUAGCGAUGUUACAGAAGUCCCAAUGGUUUUACCAGCUCUUGACACCAACACAGAAACAGGCUCAGGUGAUGAACAGCCGUCCGGAGAGGAGGAGGGGGAGGAGUCUGGGGAUCAUGUCGACCAGGGUGAAAUUAAAGGAGAAGCUGCAAUGACAGCGUCACCAGCUGUGGCAGCAUUGAGACCCACUGCAUCAACACCACAUACAUUUCACACCUUAAAGGAUGAAGAUGAUGAGAAAACCCAGGCUGUUAAACAGCAUUCUGAAACCACCACCUCUGAUGACCACGCCCUCCACCUCACCCCCCCUCAGAGAGUCCAAACCGUGCAGCCAGUCGUAACGUUCUCUCAAUAUUUAAACCAACCUUCUACCACCAUGACGCCCUCGUACACUUCCCAACAAAACAUUCUCUCUAUCCCCCACUGGGCGCUGACCCCUGACCCGGCUGCCACCCCUCUGCCAGAGGUUGAUUACGUGGAUUAUGACAAAGAAAUUGCCCCGCCCCUUGUAGAGUCAGUACCUCGACUGCCAGAUAAUAUCUUUGCCACGGAGCAGCCGGAGGUCAGCACCGACUCACUCUUGUCUGUGGAGGCCAGCAGUGUGGAUGUCAGCGAUCUGCCAUGCUCAACCAGCGAGUGUCAGAAUGGAGGCUCCUGCUACAGACGGGGAGCACAGAGCAUCUGUGUGUGUGCACCUGGAUAUACAGGGCAGCUCUGUGAAACAGAUGUGGACGAGUGCCAGUCGAACCCCUGUCUGAAUGGAGCCACUUGUCUGGACGGAGUCAACUUCUACAGCUGCCUCUGCCUGCCCAGCUACACAGGAGAGCUCUGUGAACAAGACACUGAGGUUUGUGGAUUUGGUUGGCAGAAGUUUCAGUCUCACUGCUACAAGUACUUCCCUCACCGUCGCACCUGGGACGCUGCCGAGAGGGAGUGUCGGCUUCACGGUGCUCACCUGGUCAGCAUCCUGUCACGGGAGGAGCAGAUGUUUGUCAAUCGUCUGGGCAGUGACUACCAGUGGAUCGGCCUGAACGACAAAAUGUUUGAGAGGGACUUCAGAUGGACGGAUGGUCAGCCAAUGCAAUAUGACUACUGGAGGCCGAACCAGCCCGACAGCUUCUUCCACUCAGGAGAGGACUGUGUGGUGAUGAUUUGGCACGAGGGAGGUCAGUGGAACGACGUGCCCUGCAAUUACCACCUGACCUUCACCUGUAAGAAGGGAACAGUGUCAUGUGGGCAGCCGCCUGUGGUGAAAGAUGCUCGGGUGUUUGGAGCCAUGAAGCCCAGGUAUGAGAUCAACUCGCUGCUCCGCUAUGACUGCAAACAAGGUUUCAUCCAAAGACACACGCCCACUAUACGCUGUCGCGCCAAUGGUCAGUGGGACAGGCCCCAAGUCACCUGCAUGAGCCCUGCAACGUACCACACGUCGUUUUCUCUCCGGCACCAAAACAAGAUCAGUGGGCAACAGAAGGGACUCCGCAACCACGUUCAUGUUCAUCAGAAGAGUGUAGACCAAGAGCAGCAGGAGGGUCACAGCGUCCUGCUGAGCCUCUGGACACCUUUACAAGACAGAGUCCAGCAGCUGUUCAGGGAGAAGCGGGAGGAACAGGUCCAAACACAUGAGGAGGAUCAUGGGAAACACUGAUAAACUCUGUGGGUCACACAGCCCAGCAUGUCUGCAGCAGCCAAUCACAGCGGGCUGUCCAUCUAGCUGCAGACGUUAAUAGAUGGACAGAGGGAGGACACAGCUGUCUCUCUACGACUCUGGGACAGACAUGGGAGGACAAUGUUUAACUUGUAUAUAUUUUUUAAUCGAAAAAAACAUUUUAGAGUUUCACCAACAGUAGUUCCAAACAUAUCACACAGUUUUAUUGUCAGGCACAAAAAAACUAAGAAGGGCGAGAAUGCAUUUUGUUCUGACCCAAUCAGACACAAAAUAAGGGAGAGUGACAGGACUGGACCAAAAAGAAAGGGCGGGGCAGAAAGUAAGUGAUAAAAACCCCACUAACAUCUGGAUGUGUAGGGUGUAUAAAAAAAUAAAGCUGCAGCUUUACAAAAAGUGUCGCUGAGGAUAGUAGAAUUAAGCCAUAUAUAUAUACAGUAUAUGUAUAUACUGUAUAUAUAUAUGGCUCAAUUUAUUCAAUUUAUUAGAUCAAACAAAACAAGUAAGCAUGUUUUUUUUUAAUGAAAUCAAAUUGAGAUUCUUCUUAUUACAUAUGUCUAACUUUGUUAUUGUAUGUUUUUACAGAUGAGCAAAAAUGAUUAUUUUUCCAUACAUUCAAAAUGACAGUGGUCCACCUGUAUUGUAGGCAAAUGCAAGUGGUGCAGCCGUCUGUACCUGUUAACCCAGAAGUGCCUCGGACCAUAUGUUUAUACACCUUCGCUUUGUUUCCAACACGAAGUAACAACAUGAUUUCUGAGGAGCUCUUAUACGCUCUUGCUUGUAGUAGCCUCUUACUACACCUGCAUUUAAAGCCCCCCUGAAAAACAAUCAUUUUGUCCCCUUUAAUUAUGAUUUUGAGUUCUCUGACCUUUAAGGAGAGUUUGCUCUGUGAGCUCCCUGCAUCAAAAAUCCUGAUUCCAGUACAGUGUUCUCACGGUCGGGUUGUCAAGGUGUCAAGAACAAAAAGUGGCAGCUGAUGGCUCCGCUUUGUGCUAACUGUAUGUUUUGUGGUUUUCUCCAAUGUCCAUACAGGGUUAGGUCAAUUGUUCUGUCCACCACAGGUAUACAGUAAGUGUGAGUGUGACUGGUUGUGAUGGGCCUCUGUUGUGUUCAGGGUGUAGCCCACAUUUGCCCGAUGACUGCUGGGAUUAGCUUCAGCCCCAUCAUGAGCCUGAAAAAGGGUUGAGCUGUAGAAGCUAAAGAACGAACAAAUGAACCUGCAACAGUUGAUUUAUUAUUAUAUAGGUAUCUAUAUUAAACUUGUAUUGUUGUUAUUGAUAUAAAGUUGAAAAUAUGAAUCAUUCUUUAAAACUAAUUCCUCUUCAGUUUGUCCUGACUGUUAGUGUUAGGAUAGGAAGAGAUUAGGAAAAUGGCCGGCUUGUUAAUCCAGCUUGUAUGUAGAUGUCUGUACAAAGUGUUUUUUGUUUUUUAUUUUAACCAUUGAAAAAUAAUUUCUUUUAAAGGUCAGAGAAUGAUAGAAGGAGCGGCACAUUGAGCUGGAGAGGUGCUGGAAGUUAAACCAUAAAUGUGUCACGUCUGUGAGCUUUGGCUGAGAUGAUGCUUUAAAAAAGGGAACAAUGUUUGUUUUUUCAAUAUCAGACAUUUGAACAUGACAAGCUCUUUGCAGCUGGUGAGAUCAUGAAUAUACCAUUAACAGACAAUGGUAACUGCAGUUACCAGUGAUACAAAGAGAUCAAAUAUAGACAGCAGAUAAAAGCUGUGAAAGCUUCCUGAAGACAACAUCAACAAGUUCAACCCAAACAAUUAAACACCUUCAAAAAUAAACAACAUACAACUCACAACUACUGAAAAUGGCAUAUCUUAUACAACACAUCAGUCAUGACCCAAUAUGAAAGUACACUUAUCUGGAGAAUAAAUAACAAAAUUAUGGUAUGAAUAUAUAUACAUAAAUUUAAAAAAAUAAAAAUAUAUAUCUGUUUUAACUUAUUGUGUAGUGUAAAGUUUCACAUGAUUAAAAAGACUGUGAUAUAAAUCCAGGUCACUGGAGCUGAAGUGGUUCCUUUAAUGGUGACUGUCUUGCUGUUUACUUUUUAAAACGUUCUUGUUCUUGUAAUGAUAUCAUCCAAGUCACUGUUGUGUGACUCACAUAUGCAUUAAAAACAAUUAAACAACAUAAAAAGUCUCCUUCAAAUGUAUUUGUUGAAAUAUUCCCUUCAGUCCAGUUCCAUUACAACAGGCCAGACACUGUGUUUCUAAAUGAAUGUAACAAACAAUUUGUAUAACAUAUACUGUACCUAAUCACAUUUCUUAAUUUUUGACUUUGAUUUUUUAACACACAAUUAUUAUAUAUAUAAUAUAUAAUAAUGUAUAAGGAUGAUUUUGAGUGUGUCUUUUUAUAUGAUGUGUGGUAAAAAGAGCUUUUUGUGUCUGUACCUUUUUUUAAUGUAACCACUGUUUUAUUCCACAGUCACAUUACUGUAAAAAUGCCCAUCGCUGUGUGCAAUAACAUGGACUUCUGAAA